AUGUCGAUUGUCAACAUCACCGAUAUUGCUGUUCUCCACAACCCAGCCAAGUUCACCGACCCUUAUCAAUUUAAGAUUACCUUUGAAUGUAUCGCACCCCUCGAAGAUGACAUCGAAUGGAAGUUGAUAUAUGUUGGCUCUGCGGAAAGUACCGACAAAGAUCAAGAGCUUGAUACUUGCAUGGUGGGCCCUGUGCCGGUGGGUGUUAACAGUUUUGCAUUUGAGGCAGCUGCUCCAGAUUCGUCGCGCAUUCCUUCCCAUGAGCUGGUUGGCGUCACCGUUAUCCUCCUCACGGCCUCUUACAAGAACAAGGAAUUCGUUCGCGUGGGCUAUUAUGUCAAUACUGAAUAUGACGACCCCCACCUCCGAGCCCUUUACUCUGACUCCGAAUUGAUUACCGAGGAGAUGAUUAAAUCACGCCCGAACCCACCUAUCAUUAGUAAACUCGUCCGGAAUGUCCUCGCCGAAAAGCCUCGAGUCACACGCUUCAAAAUCACCUGGGAUGCACCCACGUUGCCAGCUGCAAUCCCUAUCCUUCCAGCCGUGGUUGGCACUGCUGAGGUAUCAGGGGAUAUGACACCCAACUUAUCUGGAUCAGUGAACGCAGGCGCUGUUAAUAUGUUUUCGCCCACUCCUGUCGAGUACCAAGCUCCUCCUGUGGCUGUACCUCUCAAUAGCGGCCUACCUCAGCAACAAAUCGUCCCCGAAAGUCUCUCAACCCCUAUAAACAUGGCGACGAAGUGAAACACAUGGACCUAUCGGGUGGAUGCACAACUCACACAGACGUGUAUCUCGAGCCAAUCUCUUCUUUCUGACUUCAUGUGUUUGGACGAAUGUAUGGUUUCAUAACCAUACAUGCCGCUAACACCUAUGCUAUAAGAACGCCCCCCUCGGUUGAAGCUUAAUUUUGGAUUCUAUUAAUGCAAUGUCUGAUUCUAAAUAGCCAUUAUGUUUCAUGGUCAAUACCAGUUGUGAUAGUUGUAUCUCAGGGCCGACCAGUUGAAAAUCAUUUUUAUCAUGUGAGGAGACAAUUGGGUAUCGCAUAGCGACAUCACCAUUAGCAUGACGCGUGUGGUAAUAUGUACAUACGAGAAGUGAUAUGUUUUUCUUUCUAAGAUCAUGACAUCACUUAUUAAGCUUGAUGAUUACAUCAUAUAUAUUAAGACCAACUGGUUCUCUUUUGUUGUUCUUUUCUUCAUCGAACGUAAUAAUUAUUUUCUCAAUCACAACCGCG